CUUGACUGGUCAGAAACUCCAGGUGUUGAGUUACCACUUAAAUGUAAAUUAAGUAUGGUUUAAGCUUACAAUCAUGGAACCUAAUAAUUAAAUUUAUGAGAUUAAAGCAUGCAUAUUCAUCAUGCAGAAAAUAAGGGCUUACUGAGGGUAGUUUCUGCCAAAUAAAUAUUGUCCAAGUAUGAAAGGGUUUGUCUGCUUAGUGGUAAGCUACCUCAACUUUGCUACUUUUGGUGAUGAGCUGUAAUGCUCUAACUACAAGCUUAACCCUUUAACUCCCAAGAUCUGAUUGUCAACUCUCCCCUCUAGCUGCUACACAUUUCCUUGUAAUAGUUAUGAGAACUUGGGAUUAGAUUAAGAUAGCAGCUUCUACCUGAUAAGUUUGAAUAUUCUCAUUACCUGUUUGCUGAAGAAUGUGUGAAUACUGUAGGGAGAAGUUUUAUGUUAAUCACUUCUGGGAGUUAAAGGGUUAACAGGGUUUUGUAAGUUUUGAAGUUGGAGGGAAGCUAUUAGAGACAAGGCAAGCAGGAAAUACUGUUGAUUUCUUCGUUUUCAAUUUGAAUGAAGUUGCCUUCCUGUAGGCUCUAUUAGUUUUUGCAAUGGGAGGGGCUCAAACUAGCACCUCUCUCGGUAAUGGAGCAUGGUAGGGUUUUCACUAUUUUUUUUUUGAUUUUUCAAAUUAUCUCUUUCUUAUUGCAACAAAUUAAUAUUGAGUAUGUUAAAUGUUAACUUAAUGUGAGGUUUUUGUAUGAUUGGUUUUACUGGGUACUCCUACAGAACAUGGAAAUCCAAGAAAGGUGAAGUAGGACAGGCAGUCAAGCUUGCUUUGCAGUAUGGGUACCGACAUAUUGAUUGUGCACAUGUUUAUCAAAAUGAAGAUGAAAUAGGGGAGAGUCUUACUGAGGUGUUUAAAGAAGGAAAAGUGAAACGUGAAGAUAUCUUCAUUACAUCAAAGCUCUGGUAAAUAAUAAGUUUCUAAACUUUCACUAUUUGUUCAAUGGGUGGAUAUCACUAUCAGCUGAAUAAAUUUUUAUCUGGUGGAUAGUGCAGUAUGUUUUGUAAACACUUAUCUGCUGGAUUAAACAAUUUAUCAGUUAGGUAGAGUUAUCCAUCCUUUGAACAACUGGGCUCUGAUGUUUAUUUCUGUUAUGCGCUGUAAGUAGCUGUAAUGUUUGGCAAGGCAUAUGGUAAUGUUGCAUGAAUUUGAUGGUUUUGAUUUUUGUCAUGGAUAUUAGUUAUCUUAGAGUGUUGUUUAUGCUUCUUAAAGCUUUCACAAAUAACCCAUGGGUAAGAUUUCAUUAUUGUAGACAUGGUGUGACACAGUUCAUUAGAUUAAAUGCUUGAUUUGAAGGAAUAACUUCCAAGAAAUAGUAUUAUGACUUUUACUGGUUUGUACUGCGGUUUUAUCUUGAUUAUUUUGUUUAAAAAUUAGGUGCAAUAGUCAGGCACCUGAGGAUGUUUUACCAGCAUGUGAGAUAACGCUGAAAAAUCUGCAGUUGAAGUAUUUGGAUUUGUAUCUUGUAAGUAUAAAACUUAUCCAGACUAUGCUUUCCCCCCUGUCAUUUUUCUUGGUAAAGUUUUUUGAAAAUCUUCAUGUAUAAUGCUAUGAGGGAUUUUCCUUCUAAAUGCUAAUUUAUACCAGACUCAGUAGAGAUCUACAUGUAUCUAUCUUUAUUUAUCUCAAUAUGAAAUGUUAGUCUGGUCUCAAACUUGUAAGAUUUUAUUAAAUCAAUCCCUAACCCAGUGGAACAAGCUCUUGAGCAUUUCUGAAGAGGCACUCCAUUUAAUAUUCCAGUGUUAAUUUCAACAAUUUUUCAAUAGAUCCACAUCCCCCUUGCUUUCAAAAAAGAUGUCCCUUUUCCUCACUCCAAGGCAGAAGGGGUGAUAGGUUACUCACCUGAAGGCAUGGCCAAGACUUGGCGGGUAAGGCUACUCAUAAUAGUAUAUUAAGUGUGUUGGUAUCAUUACUAACAAUGCUUUGAUUUGACCAAGUUUGGCUGAACUGAAAAUAUAAACUAUAUGAUCCCACCUACACUGUAAUAGGAGUGAUAUCCUUUAUUUGUGAGUGCAUAUGUGUGUGUGCAACAUUGAGCUUUCUCUUACAUCGUAUAAGAAGGACAUGUCUCUGGAAGAUUCUCUUGUUAAAGCACAACUUUCUUCUCUUUAAUCACACAACAGCAUUAUAGGAUUUAAACACAGUAAGGAUCUAAGUGACAAUAUUACAACACCACAACUAUCUGGUACCCUAUACUCCAGGCAAUUCUGCAAAAAACCCAAGCAGGAGUUGAUAUUAAACCUUUAACUCCCCAAUCAAAUUUGUAAUUCUUGUUACUGUCAACCACACAAUUCUUAUGAUGUUUGUUCAGAGAAUUUAGUAUUGGAUCAACUAAUCAUCUCCAAAUUGAUAUUUAAUUUUCUCUAUUCUUAUUGUUUAUCUGGUUGAUAUUUUAUUAAUAUUGUGAGGAGAAAUUAUGUCUUGGUCACUCUUGGGAGUUAAAGGUUUAGCCUUUAACCCCAAGAGUGAGUAGCAGCUAAUUUCUCUGUCCAGUGUAACUGCUAAAUCAAACAGCAAGGUCAUAAGUAUAAAACCAACUAUGCAUUGGAGCUCUGGACUGUUGAUAAAAUUCUCCUCAUAAGUUCCAGAGGAAAUGUAUAAAGAACAGUAUGGAGAAUAUGUAUUCUGAUGUCAGGGUGUAAAGGGUUACAGAGCACAGCCACUUUGGUCAGAACCAGUAUUGUCAGUUCUCAGGACUGGUCCAUUUUAUAUUCAGAUGGUAGAGCCUUUAUAACCUUUGAAGGAGGAGGUGUACAAAGUUGUAGCCUUGUGGAAUUUGAUGGAAAUAACAUGCUUUGGCCAGUAAUAUAAUGUAAUAAAUGUUUUUCCUUUCUACCACUUAAAAGGCAAUGGAGCAGCUGGUGGACAAAGGUCUCUGUAAAGCUAUUGGCAUCUCAAAUUUUACAAUUAAGAAGACACAAACUCUUUUGGAAACUGCCAGAAUAGUUCCAGCUUGUAAUCAAGGUAUGCUGGUGUUUGAUAUUUUUUUAUUUGCCUGUUUUUUAAGAUUAAAUUACAUUUAUUUUCUCAUUUGUAUGAUGGAGGUUUGGCUGGGCAGUUUUUGUUCAAGGAAGAAUUCAUCCCUAAUAACAGAUAUAACUUUCUCAAUACAAGGCAAAUGAAAUCUCUGUUUCUAAUUAGUGUCAUUCUCUCUCUUUAAAUUGUUAUCUUCAAUGAAUUCCCCCUCUACCCCUUAUAAUCAAUAUUAAAGCAAUUUGCAAGCUUGUUAAUCAUAGAUGUACAUUUUUUCAAAGUUUGUGACUCUUCUGUCAGAUGUGCAAAAUUCAGUUUGUUCAGUUAAUUACUAUCAUUGCAACUGUCUUUAAAAUUAAGUUUGGAGGUUUAACAGAAAGUGUACGGUAAUUUUCUAUUUUUUUUUUCAAUAUGUGUUGGGAAUUCAAGAAUACAAUCUUUUGUACAAGAUGGGUGGUGUCUGCCUUAUUUUUCAUGCAUCUUAUGUACUUUGCCCAAAAUUUGAUUUUUCCCUUCUGUGAUUUGUCUAACAGUGGAAUUACAUCCAUAUUUACCUCAGCCACAACUAUUGCAGUUUAGUGCUGACAAAGGUUAGUUAAUAAUUGAAUGAAUUAAGUCUAUUUGAUGACUUGUGAUUACCUUUUCUUGAACUUCAAAGACAGAAAAGCUGAUUUCCUGAUCUCUAACCUCAUUACAAUUUAAACAUAGUGCACUGUUGGUAUAGUGAAAUAUCUUGGAAAAUUCAUAAGCAGACAAACAAGAACAUAAGGGCAUUAAAGUUUUUUAAAAUUAUCUUACAUGUAAGUGUGAACAAAUAUGUGGCAUUCUUCCUGUGUUGUGCUGGCACUGUUCACAUAGGAAUGGAGGCUCCUCAGUGAUCACUUGGCUUUCAGGGAUGAUUGUUUGAGUGUAUAAAAUAUUGGGCCUUAGUUAACAGUUAUUUACCAAAGUUGAAGUGAAUAUUGUGGAAUUAUCCCCAAGACGAAGUUGAGUGGAUUAUUCAACAAUAUUUAUCAAGCCUGAGGUGAAUAAUUGGUUUAGUAUAACUGCUUAGGUGCUUUUGAAUUCUGUUGAAAACUUUUUUGUUGUUGAAACCAUUCUGUUACAAUUUUUUUUGAUUACUUGUAUUGCGAAAAGAAGCCAGUUUCCACUAGAAUUUAACAGGUUAACUAAAUUCAAUCAGUAAAAACUUCAUAUCUUUCUUUGGAAAAGUAUUUCACCAAACUUAGUAGCAUCUUUUGUGCUCUUCCAAAUUGUACAUGUAUUUUCUUCUAUCACUUUAGUCACUUCCUCAGUAAAAGGCGAGGUAGCCAUUUUUAAAUUUAGCCUUCCCCCCCGCCACUAUUCCCCUACUAUAAUCACCUCGCUAAAGGUGAUUAUAGCGUUAUAUGAUGCAAUCAAUGACUAAUCAGAGUGCUCGCAUCUCAAUAAUCUCCAGAGCACUGAGUGUCCUGAAUUUGGCCUGCCACAAAGUAUAAAUAUUAAAUAAAUGUAUUAUGUUUACUGUUUUGUAUCAUUUGUAUACUACUGUUACAAAUACUUUAUAGAUUGGUAUGAUUAGGAAUAUUGUUUAUGCAUUUUAGGCAUUGUUGUGACGGCGUACUCUCCUCUGGGCUCUCCUGAUCGUCCUUUUGCCAACAAAGAUUCUGAACCUGUGAUACUGCAAAAUCCUGUGUUGAAGAAAAUCGCUGAAAAACAUGGCACCACUUCUGCUUUGGUGAGUUUGCCUCCACUUCUGAUGUUCACAAAUAUAAUCUAUAGAAUUUUACUUUGCGGUGGCUUGUGGAUAAUUGGCCCAAUUAUUCAGUAUCAUAAACCUUAAACUCUUAAAUGUGAUAAAAAUAGAACUUCUCCUUACACUUUUAACACGUUUUCUACCAAAUGCUUGAUUUUUGAUUCUCUGGAAAAAUCGACGAAGAAAUUCAGUUUAUUAGAUCGCUCUUGCCUUUUGAAUAUGUUUUAUGUGAAUAUUAUAACGUGAAGGGUUUUGUGAGAUUUUCUAAUUCAAAGAAAAACAAGAGCUGGCAUGAAGCAGAGCAUUAUAGUGUGGGGUGUAUAGGUUUUUUAGCUUUUUUAAAGCUUUUUUUGUGGGGGGGGGGGAGGAGGGGCUUUUUUAGGAUUUUAAAAGCUCUUAUCUUUAUUUGUUUGGAAUACAGAUCGCUUUAGCCUGGGGUAUCAAGCGUAACACUCCAGUCCUCCCAAAAGCCGUCUCUGAAAACCACAUCAAAGAGAACCUUGAAGCACUUCAUGUAAACUUAGAUGAGGAUGACAUGAAAGCGAUUGAGAAUAUUGGAAUACGCCACCGUUAUCUCAUGCAGGCGUGGAUGUUCAAGCCGGAGGAAGUUCCUGAGAAUUACUGGGAUGGCGAAGAAUGAUUGGCUACUGAACAACAACUUACGGAUAGCUUCAUGAGUGAAAUUUAUAGGACAGCAUGCAAUUAUUGUGGGAGUUUUUCAAUUUUAGAGUAGCGAUUAAUUUUUUUUUUCUCAUUUAUUGGAAGGAAAAUCUUCGUUUUUGUCAAUUGACUUCUCGCGCUUGAAAAAAUAUAUCUCGUACUUCAACCUUUCAUCGUAGAUGUUGGUUAAGGGCACUAGAUGUUAUAAAUGAUUCAAACAACAGGUUUUUUUUUAAGAAACUAGUCUCUCGAAUCGCCACGAGUUUACCAAUGGACCGCCGGGCUGGCAGUAAGUUUGUAACAUUCUUUUUGAAGAACAAUUGAGUGUUUGUUAUUUGCCUUCUAGAAAGUGAAAGGUAGAUUAUAAACACCUUGGAUUUUAUGAAGAUAAACCAAAUAUAUAUUAAAUUAGGGUUAUGAUGCAUUUUACUUUUAUGACUAUCCUACUAAAACCUUUUCCAUUAAAUAACAUGUUAUCCUUCCACAUAAUUUCCCGCUUAAGUCAAUACAAGACACUUGUUUUACCUCCUAGAAGAAGUAAAGAAGCUUUGCCACGAAGCACACGAUAGCUAAUGCUUUACAAACUCAUUAAAAGAACACACUUUUUACUCACGGUUUUCAUUAACGUGAAACCUCCUUCCUUCACGUUGAAAAUGGCAGAGAGCAACCGACGUCAAAAAUGGCAGAAAAAAAUUGUUCACCCGGUCAUCUUUGUCUUUCUCUUUUGCCGUGAAAGUCAUGGUUAACCUCCCUCUUUGCUUGUUUGAUCACUGAAUUGUCCUUUUCGACGAAAAGAAAAGAAAAUGCUUAAAAGUUAACUCAGUUGUAGGGCAUAUACGUCAUGCGUCAUUAUGAUACUAUGAAGUCAUUGUAAUUAGUGAUUUGACGUCAUCAACUUAAUGAAGUCAUAAAAAUUUAACGAAGCUAUUAUCAAACCAAUCAAAACUAUAACAGAAUUCUCGGACAUGAUUGGUUGUCAUCAGUCCGAUUUGAGCACUAACUGGACAGCGUAGACAUCAUGCCUGGGUAAUUAGACAGUACGUGUCAAAUGCGCGCACCGUUGUCGUGCAUUUCACUGAGUUGUUUCUUAUGAAAACGUAUAACCGAUGGUUGGUUUCUUUCUCAAAUUUUUUCAUAGUUUUGAUUAAUUGGUGCGUUAAUUUUGAG